AUGGCCUCUCGAACCAAGAKUUUCUUCGAUUCCGAUCCCAAAAACAACAAUCGACGACUGGGACACGGAAAUGGACACGGAAAUGGACAGUGGAAGAGAAAGGAUACUACCACCAAUGUCGCUCCUCCCCCUCCUGCGCCGAACCAUCCCAUCCCCGCCACCGCCGAGGCCAAGUUGAAGCUCAAGGCCUUUCAAUUCGUCGCCGGUGACACCGCCACCACCAACACAUCCACCUCCACCUCCACGACCUCUCCGCCCACCACCCAUGCUCCCGCCUUCCCAUGCACCCCCGGCGCGCGUCUACCGUUGGCAGAUCUCCUUGGCGAUUGUGAUGCCACCACCAUCAAGGAAGUGCCGGUGGAACGGUCUCCCGAAGAGAAUAUUGGCUGGAUCCCCAACUCUUCCAACGACUUGCUGACCCCCAAUCGACGACGGAAACGAAAGCGUGCAAAGAGUUCCAGCCCCCCUUCGGCCGCCCAUUCUUCCUCACAACCACGUCAUGGAUUGGCCGAUCGAGCAAACAUGAAGACGCCCGCUGCGGAUCCCACCGCCGAUUUAUGGCAGCGAUACAAUGGCAAACCCAGUGGGGAUGGAAGCCGGAAACUGCCAGAAAUUAGCAGUCUCGCCUUCCAUGCCUCUCCACGACCCCUGGAAACUCCCGUCAAGGCCGGGGGACUCCGCAGAUGGGUCAGCACGGGCAAUGACUGGCCCAGCAGCAAGCACAAGAAACGCUGUUCCAAUGCACGUGCCAGUGUCAAUGUGUGGCAGGAUCAGAAUCAGACGCCUGUGGAUCCCGCCAGCAGGAGUAAGGUGGCAUCAAUGGUGCAGCGGAUUCAAGAAUCCCUCGCCACCCAGCGUAUCGAGCGGGAACAUGAGCUGGAGCUGGAGCUGGAUCAUGAUCAUGUGCAUAAGGGAGAUGAGAUGGAACAGGAUGGUGCUGCAAUCACCGUAGAGGCCAAUGCGCCCCUCCCCACCUCUAGUCCGGCAGCAGCAGUGGUUCACAAGACUCGAAUGCCUCCGCCUGUUAGCGUUAGUCCUGCGCCAGCGAGACGGUCUUCAGUACAAGAACAGCCUCGUUCAUCCCCGGAAUCAAUGCCACAGCCAGCACUUCUCCGACGGACGGAAUCGGGUGGGAUGAGUGCGGGAAGCAUGGGCGAUCCGCUCCAUCCAUCGGCAGCUGCUCGCCUACAUCUCCAAAGCAAGGCUCCCCUACCGGCCUACAAACGACCAUCCAUCACAAAGCCGCCACCCAAACUUCCUCCCGUCGUUGCUCCCCCUCCUGUCAACAUCAACAAUGAUUUGGACGAAUUCGGAGAUGCUUUCGAUCUGGAUGAAGAUGACCUGACAGAACUGCUAUCCCAAAAGCCACUGCAGCAGAGAUCUCUAUACGACAUACCCGAGCAUCCAAAUCCUCCUGCAGCGCCGCCUGCCGGGAUGGAGGUUCAAGGUGCAAUACGGCAGCAACCCAUACACCUGGAUGAUGAUGAUGAUGACGGCGACGAGUUUGGAGAUGAUGAUCUCGAUGUCGACUCUUUUGCGCAGGCCGAGUUCAGCGCGACGCAAGCGUUUAGGGCAUCGCCACGAAAACGCAAACAUGGCAGUCCGCACAAGUCGGGAAAGACUGCCUCCACUCCUCACAUGUCUGGAAGUACUGCCUCAUCUCCUCACAAGUCUGGAAGUACUCGCAUGUCUUCAUUGCAGCGUUUUGUGGUGGAAAAGGUGGUGGAGAGCGAAUACACCAACCCCAAGAAUGGUCGACGAUGCGAGGAAAAGGUUCUUCUCACCGAAAACGUCAACACUAAACUCAUCACUGCCAUCACACUUCGAGGAAGCUGGACUGGCACGACCGUCAUGCCAGCGAAUGUCAUCCACAUCACUCAUCUCAAGCGGCAAAUCCAAGCACCGCCCACAGCCACCCCUCGGGGACAGAUCUUAGUCGACGACAGUGACACCUCACCCCUUCUCAUCAUCCACCCCGAUCACAUGCUCUCUGCAACGACCGUCGCCGACUCGUUCGAUUGCACAAGAAAGGCCGUCCUCCAAGACCGGGUCAAGGCUACAAGUGAGAGCUCCAAAGCGAUGGUGUAUGGGAGUAUUCUUCACGAGCUCUUCCAACUCGCCUUGUCUGCCAACCGCUGGGACGCCGGCUUCUUGCAGGCUCUAGUCGAGCGGACCAUCGAGUCCCAUCUGGAGGGAUUGUGGGAAUUGGGCAUGACGGACACGAGUCUCGCGCGAGAGGAAAUCAUGGCCAAGAUGGGAGAAUUGAGUGGUUGGGCGGGCACUUUUGUUGCGGAGAGACCUGGAGCCAAGGCUUGGGUUGAUGCACGACAGGGGGAACAGGUGCAAAUGUCCGUCUCUAAGCUCAUCGCUAUCGAAGAGCAUGUGUGGAGUCCGCGGUUUGGAUUGAAGGGUAAUAUUGAUGCUACGGUGCAGACCACGCUUGCUGCUUCAAGUAAAGAAGAGACGAAACUCAUCACUCCAUUCGAGGUCAAGACUGGUCGGACGACACAAUCUCCCGCCCACAUGGCGCAAACGGCCCUCUACACCCUCCUUCUAUCCGACCGUUACGACGUGCCGGUCGAGUCGGGGAUACUGUACUAUUUGGAAAGUUCGGCCAUGAUGAGAGUCAAGCCGCCAAUUGUGGAAAUUCGGGCCAUGGUGCAGCAGAGGAAUCGGGUGGCCGGGCACAUUUUUGCUGCCCGUAAUCCAGCCCAAGAUAUGGACGAUCCAACAGAUCAAGGGCCUCUCCAGAGCCAAGCGAUUGAAGAAUCUGGCCUACCUCAACUACUUCGCAACCCCUUCAAAUGUGGAAGGUGUUAUGCUCGCCAAUCUUGCUUUACAUUCCACGCUCUGGUGGAGAAUGGUACUGCAGACUCGGCGGGGAUGAUUGACGACAACAAGAAGCAUCACAGUCUCAUCUGGGGUGAGGCCGUCGGACAUUUAGGUCUGCUGAAGAACAGUGGCGGAAAAGGUGACAUCUUGAGAAGGUGGUUCACCAAAUGGGACAGGCUUCUCACAUUCGAAGAGGGAGAUCAAGCUCGAUUUCGGAAAGAGCUCUGGACGAUGAGCUCUACUGAACGCGAGGCUGCAGGAAGAUGCUUCGGACAGUUGGUCCUCCACAAAGAUCUCACAAUCACCAACGCGACUGCGACUGCGGCUUCCGCUGCUGCGACUGGCACCGUUGAUGGUGUCUCUGGCAGUGGUGGAAAGAUCAACCGCUUCACUUACGUCUUCGCUCGUGCUGUACGAGGCUCGGGAGGGUCAUUCGCAGAAGGCAGCGCGUUGACUGCAGGUGAAGCGGUUGUUGUGUCCGGAGAACAAGGCCAAUGGGCGCUGGCGAAUGGUUAUGUCACUGCCGUAAGCCGACACGAUAUUACUGUUGCUGUAGAUCGCAAACUUGGUAGGGCCCGACAACGACUUCCAGGAUUUGAUGAGUCGACGAACCAGGCUCUUAAAGGAACAAUGACUGUGGGGGGUGAAGAUGUUCCGGAUGAGACUCAUCAAGAAACGAUGCUCUACCGACUCGACAAGGAUGAAUUCUCCAACGGACUGGCCUUGAUCAGAAACAAUCUGGUCACGCUCAUGAGCGAUGAUCCCAUGCACACGAAAUUGCGGGAGCAGAUCCUCUUUGGCGCGAUGCCGAGUUUCGGGACUUCAUCUCAGGUCAAACAAUCAACAAUCGAUGCAACCCAACAACAGACACAACUGGGCGAAAUGAAUCAAGACCAGCAAUCUGCUGUUGCCAAAGUUCUCGYAGCACAAAACUACGCUCUCAUUCUAGGAAUGCCAGGCACAGGCAAAACCACCACCAUCGCUCACAUUAUCCGCGCUCUACUCGCGGAAGGGAAAAGCAUCCUUCUGACAAGCUUCACACAUACUGCCGUCGACAACAUCCUACUCAAGAUCCGCGACAUCGCCCCCAAGAAUGGUAUCCUCCGCCUGGGUGUUCCCUCGAAAAUCAACAAGCAAGUCCAGAACUUCUGCUUGUUGGCAUCUACACCUCGCAAUACCUUUGAAGCCAUCGAGCAAGCAUACAUGGACACCUCCAUCGUAGCAACGACCUGCAUGGGAACAAAUCACGCCGUCUUUCAACGCCGUACUUUUGACGUCUGUAUUGUUGAUGAAGCAAGUCAAAUUACUCUCCCAACAAUACUAGGCCCACUUCUCCGUGCUAGGAAAUUCGUUCUCGUAGGAGAUCAUUAUCAACUUCCCCCUCUAGUGCAAAAUAAAGCCGCGUUGGAGGGAGGAUUGGACAUUAGUCUCUUCCGCCAACUCAGCGAGGAACAACCCGGGAGUGUGGUGGCUUUGGGGAGACAAUAUCGGAUGUGCAAGGAAAUCAUGAGUCUCUCCAACGAACUCAUCUACUCCGGAAAAUUGCAAUGCGGGAAUGAAAGUGUUGCGGAGCGGGAGCUGGAAAUCUCCAAUCCCAACGGACUCGACAUCUACUACCACACCGCUAACACCCUCUGCAAGGGGAAUCAAAGCACAUGCUGGCUCGCACACGCCACUUGUCCGAAAAACAAAGUCGUCUUCGCGAAUACCGAUCCCCUGGGCAAGAAAGCCAUGGAAUCCCUCCUUCCGGGCGGAGGAGGAGGAGGACAAGGAGGCAAAACUCUCACGAACCCCGUCGAAGCCACUCUUUCCGCCCACCUCGUCCUCUCCUUUCUCGCACAGGGGGUCCCAGCGGGGAGCAUCGGCGUCAUAACCCUCUAUCGCUCCCAACUCGCCCUAAUCCGGCGAAUAUUCAAACUCGCAGGCGUAGAUCCAAGCGUGGAAAUCGAUUCUGCAGAUCGUUUUCAGGGACGGGAUAAAGAAGUUUGCGUGCUGAGUCUUGUGAGGAGUAAUGAGAAGGGAGUGGUGGGGACAUUGUUGGAGGAUUGGAGGAGGGUGAAUGUGGGGAUUACGAGGGCGAGGAGUAAAAUGGUGAUUUUGGGCAGUUUGGGGACUUUUGCAAGGAAUUUUGGGGGGGAAGGGUCGGUUUUGGGGAGGUUUGUUGGGGUUGUUAGGAGGGAGGGGUGGGUUUUGGAUGUUCCUGUUGGGGCUGUUGAUGAGGGGUUUCAUGGGUUUGAUUUUGAGGGGUUGGGGGGUCUGGGGAAGGAGGGUUUGAUGAGUGGUGAGGAGAAAGUGGAGAUGGAGAUGGAGAAGAGGGGGUUGUUGGGAAGUCCUGAGAAGGACAGGAUUCCGUUGCAGAGUUCUAUUGGGGCUGGGAAUCGGAGUUUUGGGAAGGUUAGUGGGGAAGGUGGGGGGAAUAGUGGUAAGAAGGGCAAGAUGAAGAGUCCGACCAGGAUUGUGAAGAGGAGUGCUGGGCAGGUUGUUACUGCUAGUGGUGGUGGUGGUGGUGGUGGUGGUGUUGGUGGUGUUGGUGGUGGUGGAGGGGGAUCGAAGAAGAUGAGAUUGAUGAAGAAGGUGCUUGCUAGGGAGAUUUUGGAGGAUUUGACGGGGGAGUGA